UUUAGCAGCCACGUCUUAAAGUCAGGUGCACAAUUAUGGGUUGAUAGUUCAGUGUGUGUGUGCGUGUGUGUGUGUGGAGAGCUUCGUGUAAUUAAACAUUCCCUCGUGUUAUGGAAUAUGGCGGACAGCACUGCUGGCUUUGUUUUGUUGCGGUCCUUUGCAUCUCACGUUACCGCAGAAAAUCAGCGGCUAGCUUAGCGUCAAUGUCCAACUUCCUCUAUCUAUAACGCUCACUGUCGUGUAGUUGACCGCCGCCGGCUGGCUCUACUGUAUUUUUCAGUCCAAGCUGAGGCAUCUGGCAUUAAAGACAGCUCCUGCAGCAGAAGUCAGGGGACACCAGGACUUAAAGCAUUCCCAGCAUUUACUGUAAGACCGAGAGACUGAUCACUUGCUGGACCAAUUAGAAGAUGGUCUAACGAUCAAAACUCUCAUCAGCCCCCUUGCUUUCCUCCUAUCACCCACCUGUUGGGCCCUCAGGCAGCAGGCGUGAUGCCGGGCGGCAGGCAGACUCCUAAGCAUCCACUGUGGCGCUUCCUGUCACCAUUCCGCACCAGCCAGGAGCGGGUGGUGCUGGCCCGCAGCGAGAGCCUGCCAGGGGAGCAGGUGCUGAAGAUCACAGUCACAGAGACAACGGUGAUUGAGGCGGAAUCAGGCGUGUGGAACUGGCGCUCCCUGACCUACCUGGGUCUUUGGUACUUCUUCAGCUUCUGCACGCUGUUCCUCAACAAGUACAUCCUGUCACUGCUGGAGGGGGAGCCCAGCAUGCUGGGUGCUGUUCAGAUGCUCUCCACCACUGUCAUAGGCUUCCUAAAGAUGUUUGUGCCCUGUUGCCUGUACCAGCACAAGUCCAGAACCGAGUACCCCCCCAACUUCAUCAUGAUCAUGCUGUUUGUUGGACUCAUGAGGUUCACCACUGUGGUUCUGGGCUUGGUGAGCCUGAAGAAUGUGGCGGUGUCUUUUGCGGAGACAGUGAAAAGCUCAGCGCCCAUCUUCACUGUUAUCAUGUCCAGGCUAAUCCUUGGGGAGUACACAGGUCUGUGGGUGAACAUGUCCCUGUUCCCUGUCAUGGCCGGCCUGGCCCUCUGCACAGCCACGGAGAUUAGCUUCAACAUGCUCGGCUUCUCCGCUGCUCUCUCCACCAACAUCAUGGACUGUUUGCAGAAUGUAUUCUCCAAAAAACUGCUAAGUGGAGACACAUACAAGUUCAGCCCUCCAGAACUGCAGUUCUACACCAGUGCAGCGGCAGUCAUUAUGCUUAUACCUGCCUGGGUGUUCCUCUUGGACAUCCCAGUGAUCGGGAAGAGUGGGCGAAGCUUCAUCUUCAGUCAAGACAUUAUCUUGUUGCUACUUUUUGACGGCUGCCUGUUCCACCUGCAGAGCGUCACUGCCUAUGCUCUCAUGGGACGGAUUUCCCCCGUUACCUUCAGUGUUGCCAGCACUGUCAAACACGCCCUGUCGGUUUGGCUGAGCAUCAUUGUGUUCAGUAACCCGAUCACCAUCCUCAGCGCCACUGGCACGGUCCUCGUCUUCAUUGGGGUCUUGUUGUACAACAAGGCAAGGCAGAUACAGAGGGCAACCCUGCAGGCCAUGGCUGCUGAGCAGAACCACAAACCACUUCUACAGGAGCAGAGCUUCCAAGCCUCUCAGUCACACUGAGGACCCGGCAAUUGAGAGUGAAAUGCUUUCUCGAAAGGGAACAAGGUAUUAACACCACUCUGUUUGCGUACCUGUGGCUGUCCAGGUGGGAUGACUGGAUAUUUGUUUGUUCGCCUCCCUGCACACAUUCCAGUUAAAGAGGACACACUUACGUUGGGUUUUCCCAGGAUCUGGUUAGUGUCAUUGAAAUGUUAGAGCCUUAGGUUACAAUUGGUGACUCCUGUGCACCAGUGUAGACAGUAUUUCUUUGCCCUGAUUGCACACUUAAAUCAUCCCUGAUCUUGUGGUUUGUCUCAUAUCGGUCAGUAAAAGGGGAAGCUCAGGGCGUCCUUCAGUGUUUUGAAGGAAGCGACUUCUGUAAGCGCUUUGUCUUACAUUUGCAUUCCAGAGUGUGCUGGUUUAUCUGUCAUCUGUGGUACAGCAGCUACUGAAUGUAUGCUAUUGUGAAUAUGUGUAAAGCAUUGAAGCUGUAAGAUUUUAAUCCUGUGAUGGUGUAAUCUACACUGUAUCAAAUUGAUUUUGAUUGCAUCUGAAUAUAAGAUGAGAAUAGGGCACCGGUGCCUGAGAUAGGAGGCCUUUUUGGAGGCUUUUCCAGCCAAAGCUUUGACUUGCCGUUUGACACAUUUUAAACAAUGUGCAAAACGUUUGAAAGUCACAUACUGCAUUCUAGGAAUGCUCAUCCUCCAUCAUGAACUGUUGCAGAUGUAUGUUGGGGUUUUUAUGUAGUACUGUAACAUACUUGCAUUUUCUUUGUAAACUGAGUCUCUCCCAUUACAUGCUGGGCCCCGGAAACCCUGAACAAGAAAAGGGCCUCAGAAAAUGAAUGGACCAAUGAGCUGCUGUAUAUCACUUAUUCGUAAUCUUAAAGAAUAACAGUUUAUUACCACUUGAGUUUUAUUUUCAUAGCUCGGCCCAUUGACUCUAUUGGUAAUGUCCAACAGUCACAUGACCAAACAAGUUCAACAAGUUAGUCACAGUGAAAAAACUGUCUGUUGUAAACAUCAGUUUACAAACCAACUUCCUGGUCUCACCAUGACCUGCUGUUCCUACUGGAGUUGUUUGCACAUGGCUUUCUUGUGCAAUGACAGAUUAUAGACUUCACAAAUACACUCACUUAUAGUACUUACUUUCAAAUAAGGCGUGAACUUGUGUGGCAAUACUGCUUGUUUAUACGCUCUGAUUGACUGUGUUUUGUUCCCAGUUGGAUCUAUUUUUAGUCACGUUACCAUGUUCCCAAAUCUCAGAUGAUUGCAGUGUUAUCACAAACAACAGAGCCGCUGUCCUGAACAACAAAAAUAAACCCAACUUAUAAUCAACCAGUUUUCCUUAGCUUCAUGCAUCAAACCCCUGUGAAUUUAAACUAGUAGGAUUUAAUAUGUGUCGCUGGCUAUGUCACUGGUUAAAGUGUCAUUUCUGUGAGGACUCUUGUGGUUAUUGCUAUCAGCUGUUCAUGAAUAAGUUCAUAAUAAGAGUUGUAAUGACAAAUCAAAUUCACAUUUAAUAAGUGUUUAUCCAAUGCUGACAUCUUGCCAAAAACAGCUACAUGGUGCCAAUAGGCAAAUGUACAUACUAUGAACCUUAUUCUGACUUUCAAUCACACUGCCUCAAAUCUCCUCUUUUGUUAGUGUGUGCGUCCAGGCUUGUCUGCUAAUUUCUCAGAAGCCCGUGACUAACAAAGUCCAUCAGAUGUCUGAUAGGACAAAUCUGUGUUAAUCAUUGUAAGUCUGUCACAUCAUUUUGAGCACUUAAGUAAUGCUUUACUCUUUGCAGUUUUUGUGCCUCAAGAAGCAGUUUGUUUCUUUUCUGACAUGUUGUGCUCACACUUAGGCAUCUGUUUUGAGUUUGACCAUAAGGGUUGUCUGACUUGAGAACAUUUUUUUAUAGAUUACAUUAUAAACAUGUUCAUUCUACGUGGUUAUUUCCCAUUAUUGUUGAUUUUUCUUUUCUUGUUAAAGUGCUUUAAAACCAGGUGUGGGCCUAAUAAUACAUCUUUUUUACAUUUCUCUUCCAUGUUGAGUCUUAGCAAUGCUGCCUCAAGAAGCAAGGCCAGACAAGCUGAGUUUUUCUUUUGUUCAUUUGCAUGAUUAAAGGUUCAGAAUUAGGAGGUGUUGAGGUAGGAUAGAGGAGGUAUGAACUGUUUGUUCGGGAAUGUGCAAAUCAAAGAUGUAAAAAAUACUGACUAAUGUAAUUCUGUAGUGAGGAUGUGAUGUUUGUUGGACACUGUGCAGAAAAUAAAAGUAUUUUCUCUUCA